AUGACUUUCAGAAAACUGGGCAGAAGUUCGACACAUCGCAAGUCUCUUCUGAGGAAUUUAGUCAGUUCGUUGAUUGAGCAUGAAUCGAUCACGACGACUCAUGCCAAGGCUAAGGAGGCUCAAGUUGCUGCUGAACGCUUGAUUAGCUUAGCAAAAAAUAAAUCUCCAGAUCCUCAUAGUGCACAAAUCAGAGCCCAACAGUACAUAUUCAAAACGGGCCAAAUAUUGCCCAAACUUUUUGGUGAACUUUCCGAGAGAUACAAAGAUAGAACUGGUGGUUACACGCGUGUGCUGAGACUGGAGAAUAGAAUAGGAGAUAACGCACCUCAAUCGAUACUUGAGUUGGUCGGUGGAAAGAAAGAUAUGAGAAGAGCUAUUACAGCUAGAGCCGUAGCACGAAUUGAAAAACAGGGCUUGCCAUUGGAUAGUAUGACUAAACAGGCGGUCGAAAGUAUCUGCCGUCACAGUACUAAAACAAGAGAGGAUUUCCGAAAUGAAGUAGAGUUCAUGAAAGAGCAGUUUUACGCUUCUGAAGACAGUGUUACAUUGCAACCACCAUCUCGCGAAAUUAAGAGGCGGGCACCUCUAAAAUUCGUCAAGAAUCCGUUGGAUACAAAGGCUUAA